AUGCCAACAGGUGUUCCUAAUGAAAUACCUAAAGGAUAUGUGCCAGUUAAAUCUAACUCUCAUCAUAAAAUUGUUCGAUGCGCUACAAAAAAUGCAGAAGGGAAGCAAUGUCUACAUCAAUUUUAUUUAGAAUCCUACAAUGAUAAUAAAUUAAUAGCAGACCACACUUGCUAUUAUACAAAACUUAUCGAUUUUGAUAAAGUUCUCACUUCAAAAGAGAAGGUUCUUCAAGCUAUUGAGAUUUUUAUUGGUUGUAACAAAAUUUCUUUUAAUGCUAUAUCUUCUGAUUCAUUCCGUGAUCUUGUGGAAAUCAUUCUUGAAGUAGGAAUGACAUUGAAGAAGAAGGAUCAAAUUAAUGAUAUAAUCAAGUCUAUAAACCGAGCUUAA